AUGCGUCAAGCUCAGGGAGAACAAGCUGCACAAGGUCUUGUUGAUAAUAUUCACCUGACUAUGAAAAACAUAAGAGGUUCAACAUCAUAUUGGAGAAAAUGUUGUUCGGAACUUAUAGCGACUUUUUCAUGCAAUGAUUUACAUUGGCCCGAUAUGAUCAAAGCGUUACUCAUUGUAGAUAAUUAUCAAGACAUUAAUAAAAUUGACCAACUUACAUUUGAAAUGAAACUUAAUUUAGUUCAAAAAUAUCCAAUAGUAGUUGCCAGACAAUUUUCAGUACGCACAAACGCGCUGAUGAAAUACGUUAAAGGCAAUGAUAACUGCUUAGGAGGCAAAAUUGUAGAUUAUCGGCACCGAAUU